CUCGUUUUCAUGCCGCCCAUUUCGCUGGGACAACUCCAUCGAAACACUCGAUAGCAACCAUCGUCUUGGUGCAAAUCGGAAGAGUUGCAUCUUAUCAACGGCAUCGGAAAGGCUGCUCUCGUCGGUUUGCCUGCUGCAAGUCUCUGGCGAACAGCGACACCACCACCUGCCAAUGAAGGGCUUGCCGGGGGCCGCCCACCCGACCGCCAAGGCCUUCUUCGAUGCCCUGGAUCGAUACAACCAGGAGCGGCACGAGCCGGGAGCCGGAGCGGGGCACGAGGAAGCCGGCGGGCCGGGGCCCUCCGUGAGCGAAUCGCUGAGACGGAAAACGCAGCAGCUGGGCUGGCGGAACCGGCACUCGCAGAACGAGCACUACCCGAUCACCGUGCUGCAGCGAACGCCAACGCCGGGGCAAACCAAAACCAAAAACGGCGGGAACGACGACCGCGGCGGUGCCGACCGAAACCAGAACCGGGACAAAGACGGCGAACCUCAAUCCCAACCCCUGCAUCGGCUCCGAUCCCGGAGCUUUUCGGUGCGGCAGGUCCAGAGGGGAGAAGUCGAGGGAACCUACGGAACCGGGGCGACGGUGUGGCCCGCGGCGCUGGUCCUGGUCAAGUACCUCGAGCGCGUGGCCAACGACGGCGGCGGCGACACCGCCCUCCCCGACCCCUGCGACGUGCGCGGAAAGCACGUCCUGGACCUCGGAGCCGGGACGGGCGUGACGAGCAUCGCGGCCGCGCUCCUGGGAGCGGCCUCGGUGGUCUGCACCGACGGAGAGGAAUCGGUGGUCCGGCUGGCCAGGGACAACGUCCGGGCGGCGGGCCGCGAACUGGCGCGGUCCGCCACGGGGAGGGACAGCGGCGAGAACG